CCGCGGCUGGCUAGAAGAUGGCGCGAGGGAAGGGCCACUUGAGGCCAUGUUACCACACCACCUUAGCUAUCAUAUCCACCAUGUAUGGCAUCAUGAAAGCCACCUCGGCAGUGAUAUCAAGACUGAAUGGCUCCACUCUGAGAUUUGGCAGGCACUGGGCAGGAAGGUGGGAAGUCUAUAAGAAAACUUUGUCCGCCGCCUUUCCCACAGGAUACUGCACACAUCACUUACACAUCUCUGUCCGACUACAGCCGCAAACUACAAUCAAAAUGCGUCUCACUCAAAUCCUCCUCCCAAUCACUUUUUUGGUGUCCCACGUUGCUGCAGAUGGAGCAUCUAUAUCUGCAGCAAUCGACAACAUCGGUGCUGCGGCAGGAAAAUUGAACGAGACGGUCGCGGACUUUCCAAACAAUCCCAUCUUGGGUCUCACUGAUAUCGGUGACCUGCUGGUAAACUCUGUUGGCGUCCUGAAGACCAUAAAUGAAGGAACUAAAGUCGCAGAGGCAUCUGCGCAAUUGACGACUCUUGAAGCGUUUGGUCUCGCAGGAAAGAUUCAAUCUUUGUCUUCAAGUGUUACAUCUACUCUUGACACGACCGUGGCUGCCAAGAAGAAGUUCGAUAAGCUUCUCAUCGUCUCGCCUAUUGUCUUGCUCAACUUGAAGCAACAGAAGAGUGCUACUGUGGAGUUCGGGGAUGUGGUCACGGCGAAGGUACCAGCGGAGCUACAAGAAAUUGCAAAGAACUUGCAAGCUCCAAUUUUGGCGGCGUUUGAUAAGGCUAUUGAUGCGUACAACCCGUUCUAAUGUUUGGGAGAAUCAUCAUUUGCAACUAUGUAAUUAGCUGAAGAUACCACGAUACAUGGAACAUGUUCAAAGCAGAAAGUAGAUGCUAAUGUACGAUUGGCACUUGGUUUUCAGAUUAUGACAAGUUAUGUCUCCUCUCGUUCGAUCGGCAUUUGCUAAGGCCUUGCAACUCAACGGGCGCCAAUGAGCUAUGGCAUUGAGACAGAGAUAAUGAAUUGUUCAAAAUGAGAAAUCUGUGUGUUGAAACGGUUGGCAGACUAGAUGAAUAAGGUGCAAG